AUGUUUGCCGUGUUCACGGUCACAUCGCUCUACCUGUGCGCCAAGGCCCGCCUGUUCACCUCCGCCGGGCCGGGCCACUUUGCAAAGGCCGUGCUGUGCCUGCUGCCGCUGGGCCUGGCCACCUUCAUCACCAUGAGCCGUGUGGCCGGCUACAAGCACGACUUUUCAGACGUCAACUGCGGCAUGGCGCUCGGCCUGGCGAGCGGCGCGUUUGCCUACCACCUCAACUACCCCAGCCCCUUCGACCCCUCGUGCGACGAGCCCAGGACGCGCGGCGGCGCGGCUGCGCGGCGCGGCAAGACCGCCGCGCUUGCGGCCGAGGCCACAGACACCGCCGCCGCGGCGGCGCCAGCAGGGGAGAGCCUGGAGGAGGGCGGCGGCGGCGCGCUGCACGACCCUCUUCUCGGCUGA